CCAAAUUGGAAUCUAAGUGGAAUGAAACUCACGUGACUCUCCUACCUUCACAAAGUUGGGCUAUGGAGUUCAUCUAUUCACUUGAUCGGUAGACCUAAUCCGAUAUUACAUAAGAGCAACAAAGAUCACAAACUGCUGCUAAAAGUCAAGAGUUACAAAGACAAGAGAAAAGAAAUCAGAUUAAACGAUAACAGAGAGAUGCCUGAAUUCUGCGUGACUGGGGGCACCGGUUUCAUCGCAGCUUACCUUAUCAAAGCCUUACUAGAAAAGGGUUACACUGUGAGGACCACCGUGAGAAACCCAGAUGAUGUGGAGAAGGUUGGCUUUCUAAGGGAAUUGAGUGGAGCUAAAGAGAGAUUAAAGAUUUUUAAAGCGGAUUUAUUGGUGGAAGGGAACUUUGAUGAGGCAGUGGCAGGGGUUGAUGGUGUCUUUCAUACAGCAUCUCCAGUGCUAGUUCCUUAUGAUAACAACGUUCAGGCAACUCUAAUUGAUCCGUGUAUAAAAGGAACCGUGAAUGUGCUGAAUUCCUGCAUCAAAGCAAAAGUUAAACGCGUUGUGCUCACCUCAUCUUGCUCUUCCAUAAGAUACCGUUACGAUGUGCAGCAAGUAUCUCCUCUUAACGAGUCUCAUUGGACUGAUAUAGAAUACUGCAAACGCUACAACCUGUGGUACGCAUAUGCAAAGACUAUAGGGGAGAAAGAGGCAUGGAAACUUGCAAAGGAAAAUGGAAUGGAUCUAGUUGUGGUUAAUCCCUCUUUUGUUGUUGGUCCCCUGCUUGCACCACAGCCAACAAGCACAUUGUACAUGAUUCUAAGCAUCGUCAAAGGUGUGAGAGAAGAAUAUCCAAAUACAACAGUGGGCUUUGUACACAUAAAUGAUGUGAUAGCUGCUCACAUAUUGGCUAUGGAGGAUGCCAAAGCAAGUGGCAGGCUCAUUUGUUCUAGCUCAGUAGCCCAUUGGUCACAAAUCAUUCAAAUGCUUAGGGCCAGAUAUCCUUCCUAUCCAUUUGCUAAAAAGUGCAGCAGCCUGGAAGGAGACAACAAUCCACAUAGCAUGAACACCACCAAAAUUACUCAAUUGGGGUUUCCUCCAUUCAAAACCCUUGAACAGAUGUUUGAUGACUGCAUCCAAAGCUUUCAAGAAAGGGGCUUGCUAUGACAUCGUUCAUAAUAAUCUGUCGAAUUUGAUGUUCGUGUAAGAUUUCUGCUCCAAUAAUCAAAAAUAAAGAAGCAGUAGUGUAUUUAACCAAAUAGCUAUAUACUUAAAAACACUAUAAUUUAUGUGCACUUUUCUUUCUC